GGGCCGUUAAAGGACCCGCCGCUUCCGCCUCUUGUCAGGGAAGCGCGAGGUGCGUCAGGAGCAGAGUCGGCGCUUCCGCCGCUUUCUUCCGUUUAUUUUCCAUCCGAGGAACGAUGAUAAACGUCAAGAGCUGAACAGAGAGGGGGGAAAGGCGAGAAAGCGAGACCGAGGCGGGUAUCGCGCAUGCGCGCCUGCGGCGACCAGGCGGAGGCUGCGGCCGCGGGGCGCGCGCCGGGGGUCGCCAUGGCAACGGGAGCACGCGACGCGCGGCCCUGAGGCGGCGGCAGGGGCCCGCGGUCCAGCUUUCCUUCUGAGAACAUGCAGCAUUCUACGCAAUGAGGAAAAGUCGUCCGCAAAGAGCAUCACCUAAAACAAGCCCGAUGUCUCCGUCUCGCACCCAGAGUCCAAUGUCUGCUGUAAGUUCAAGCAGUCGAUCACCAUCUCCACUUAGCAGACAAGGAGCUCCAGUUCGUUAUCUAACAACAGGACAAAGGCUUCGAGAAGAUGCUGCAGAAGAAAGUGAUACAGGAAUUCCCUUUGAAUCUCCAGUUGGACAGGGUGGCAAUUGUAUCAGUCCUGGUAUCAGAUACAUAACAGAACCUCUGAUCAAUAAGCUGUCCAAACAGGAAAACGUGGCACGUGUAACGGCUCUGAAUCUUUCCCUUGCCAAAGAUGGAGGAAAGAAGUUCAAGUACAUAGAAAAUCUGGAGAAAUGUGAAAAACUAGAGGUCCUCAAUCUCAGCCACAAUCUGAUAGAGAAGGUUGAAAAGCUGGACAAACUUUUGAAGCUGUGUGACCUCAAUCUGUCAUACAAUAAAAUAAGUAAAAUAGAAGGCAUUGAACACCUGCACAAUUUGCAGAAACUGAAUCUUGCUGGGAAUGAGAUUGAGCACGUCCCUGUAUGGAUGGGGAAAAAAUUGAGGUCACUGCGGAUCCUGAACCUGAGAAAGAACAAAAUAUCCUCACUCCAUGAAGUAGCUAAACUGAAGCCUCUUAAAAAUUUGACUUCCCUGUUCCUGUCUGACAAUCCUGUUGCAAACCUGCCUCAUUACCGUCCCUUCACCAUUUUUCAUUUGAGGUCAUUGGAAGAUCUUGAGGGACAACCAGUGACUGACUGUGACAGGGAAGAGGCCACUGAAAGGUUUAAUUUAGAAGAGAUAGAAAAUCUAGAAAAGGAUUUGGAGAAAGCGAUGAAAGAGUUGGAGGACCUUAACAACAAGCAAUCUGACCUGCUUGAGAAACUUCAGCAGCAAGAGGACCUAAACAAAUCAUUAAAACAAAAUCACCUCCGACAGAAACAAAGCUGCAAAGACUUGGAGAGUGAGCUGGAGACAAAAAAUGAACUGUUUUCUCUUCUGCUACCUAUUGGAACCUUGCUGCAUGUUCUUCAGCUAAAGCAGAAGACGGUGGAAUUAACCAGAGCCUGCCAGAAACAAUAUGAGUUGGAACAAGAACUGGCUUUCUAUAAGAUUGACGCCAAGUUUGAGCCAUUAGGUUAUUAUCCAGCAGAGGAUGUUGACCUUGACGAUGUGCCAGGUGAAAGUCCUUACAUUGGCAAAGCCAGGUACAAAAGGAACAUGUACGCCGUGGAAGGCUACAUCCCAAGUAAGGCCCAGAAGCUGCAAGUGGGAAGCUUAGGACAGGAAGAGCAGCAGAAUAAUCAGCAGCUCAAGCUGAAUCUUCUUCAGUCCCUGGAUCUACAGCUGCAGGAAAAAGAGAAACAGAUGAAAGGAGCCCAAGAAAAAUUGUCUGAACUGCACAGUGAAGCAGUCAAUGCAGAGCAACGGGUUUUGAAAGCAACAGAGGAGCUUAGACAACUCCAGGAUGCUGUGGCUCAGAAAAAGAUGUUAGAAGUGGAGAAGGAUUGUCUCCGGCAAAAGCUAAGCAACAAGAUACUUCUCCUAAGUCAGCUUAAAGGGGAGGCUCUAGAACUGGAGAAGCAGAUGGAACAGCAAAAGCAAGAAAUGGCCAAAAAAGAGGAAGAGGUAGAAGGCCUGCAGAUUUUUACAGACUCUCUGGAUCCUAAAGACCCCAAGCAUGCUCAUAUGAAGGCUCAGAAAGCAAGCAAAGAGCAACAACUCGACAUGAUGAGCAAGCAUUACAAAGAGCUCGAAACCUGCCUGGAUGACAUGCUGUCUCGCAUUGCAAGGGAAACGGAGGAAAUCAGGGAUUUGGAGCAACAGCUCACGGAUGGUCAAAUAGCUGUAAAUGAUGCACUGAAGAAAGACUUGGAAGCAAUUAUCAUUGGGCUACAGGAAUAUCUGGAGACUGUUAAGGGUCAGGCCAAACAAACCAGCGAUGAAUGCAAGGAGCUGCGAAAGGACAAGGAAGCUUUGCUCCAAAAGCUGGAAGAAUUGGAGGAUGAAAAAAAUCAGCUGGAAAUAGUUGCCAUGGAUGCAGAAAACAUGAGAAAAGAAAUUGCAGAUUUGGAGCUCGCACUGCACGAGCAACGAGAAGUCAAUCAAGAGCUGCAGGAGGCCCAGGGGGAGCUCGGUGCAUAUGAGGCCGAGCUGGAGGCCGAGCUGAAGGCCCGAGACUCUGAAAUCAGUCAGCACACCGAAGAACUAGAAAGGAUAAAACAGCUUAGUCAGCUGGAGCACUCUGCUCUCCAGGCUGAACUUGACAAAGAAAGACAGGCCUUGGAAAAUGCCUUGACCAAAGCUCAUCUAUCAGAAGAAAAAGAACAGGAAAAUAGUAAACUGCUUUCUCAACUCAAGCAGCUGCAGAGAGAGAAUAACUCUUUGAAACAACAGCUGCAGGAAACUAAAAAUCAACUGAAUCGUGCAGUUGAUCACUUAAUUCAUCCAGAGGAAGUCUUGGCUCGUGUGAGCGAGCUAAAAAAAGCGCUACGGACAGGGGCAGAAAUCAGGUGCCAUAACCCAAAGGAUAUUUUAGGGAAAAGUCUGGCAGAUCUGCAGAAACAGUUUGGAGAGAUCCUUGCUCGUUCCCAGCAAGAGACUGAGGCAGCCCAGGCCAGAGAGCGAGGGCUUCAAGAGGAGAUGGCCUCUCGGCAAGCGAGGCUGGAAGAGGCACAUGAAAAACACAAACUGGCCUGUAGCAAAGCAGCAGAAGCCAAAAUUAAGUCUGAGAAGAAGCAGAACGAAGCCAGAGUUCGGCAGUUAGAGGAUGAAAUCCAACAUCUAAGUGAACAGCUGAAGAGCAUGGAGGAAAUCCAGGGUCUCACAGAUCAGCAGCUCCAAGAAGCCGAGGAGGAAAAAGGGAGAAUGAUUGCUCAGCUGGAAGAUCUAGAGAAUAGGAAAAAAGUGGAAGAUGCCAGGGUGCAGAUGCAGUUCCUUAGCCUCAACGAAGAGCUGAAGGAGUUAAAGGAAGCAGUAUCGGCCUCAGAGAGGCAGGCGACGGCAGAGCUCUGCGCAGCUACAGAUCAGCUCCGGGCUCUUCAUGGAACUGUGGGCAAAAUCAAUCAGUGGCGCAGUCAGGAACUUGAAGACGCAGAGAAGAUGAGCAUGCAGGCAUCUCAAGCUGCUGAUGCUCUUGCCAGGGCUGAAGCAGAAAUAGAAUUGCUGCAGCGGCUUCUGAAAGAAAAGGAGGAGCAACAUGAAAUGGAAAAAGUUGAUGCUGAGACUGCUGCCACACAUUUUCAGAAAGAGGAGACGGAUAAGUUGAACCAGCUUCUGAAAUGCCAGAAAGCAGAAGCUGACAGACUGCGCGCUGCAUUAGAUGAGGCAGGGGCAGGCAAGAGCAAGGAAAUCGGCAGCAUUUUAGAUGAAAUAGCAGCACUGAGGCAUGCUGUCUCUCACCAGAAUGAUGCCAUCGCCAGACUCCUCGAUCCACUCAAAUGGAAAGGACAUUCGUAUUACAUACCAUCUUCUUCACAGGCCUCUACUCCUGCAUCUCAGAGUACCAAAGAUUCUGGAGUCGGCCUGCAGUGUCCUAUGCCAACCUCAGUCAAUAAAGUGCAUGCAGAGGGCGAGCGAGGCAAGAAGAAACAUUCCAUUUCCCCUGCCGGCAGAGGGUGCCGGUUGCAUUCAACAGGCAGGGACGGCCUGCAGGAAUCUCCCCACAGUGGAGAGAAGCGAGAAGAUGGGGGAGGGAGUGCCCCCCAUGACGGUUCCUAUCUGCCGCCUCCCGGCUCAGUCAUUUACACUCUGCUGCCAGAUGGUGCUCCAGCUCCACAAGGAACAGUGGUGUAUGGCCCACCUCCACCUCCAGGACCAGCCUGUGGAGGACAGCUUGCUCCUACGACCGUGAUUUACGGCUCGCCUCCUCCGGGGGCUCAGCUUGUUCAUAGCCCUCUUCCUGCUCAUUGUUCCGUGCCACUGGUUCCUGUUGGGGUACUUCACUGCAACAUACCUGAGCAUCAUAACUUGGAAAAUAAAAUCUUGAGUCUGGAAGGCAGUAUAGAUAAGUUAAUGUCUCAAAGACCCGAAGGUGCCUGUCCUGCAGCCUCUCAUCACAGGCAGCACAAACAGACGGAAGAAUUGCGCCAGGGCAUUCAAGACCUGCUGAGUGAAAGAGAAGAGCUGGAGCAUCAAGUCACUGAGCUGCGUCGGGUAGCUCAGAAGCGAAAUAGACGCAAAGACUUCAUUGAUGGGUGCAUGAGUGGCAUCAUUUCAGAACUGGAGUUAGAGAAAUCUCUUCAGCACCAUGGAAGCAUCGUGGAUGAAAUUGAAUGUAUAGAAAAGACUCUUCUGAAGCGGCGGGCAGAACUCAGGGAGGCAGACAGACUUCUUGCUGAAGCUGAAAACGAACUUGAAACUACUCAAGGAAAAACCAAAGACGUCAUUCAGAAGUACAACAGCUCUAAGCAGCAUUUAUCUUGGACUGAGAAGGAAGCUGAGGAGCUAGAACGACGGGCUCAAGAGAUGGCUGUGAGACUUGUGAAAGCAGAUCAGCAGCUAAGAUUGCUUCGAGCAGGUGCAAAGGACUUAGAACAACACAAGAUGCAACAAGAAGGGAUUCUGAAAGAAAUCAACAAAGUCGUGUCGGCCAAAGAUUAUGAAUUCCAGUCCUUGAGCCAGAAGAUUGAAAUUUUGACUGAAAGCCUUCAGAAGCUGCAGGCAGAUAUACAAGUUGCAGAAGGCAAUGAGGACCACCAUCUCCAGAUUCUUAAAGAAGCAGAAAAUAUUCUUCAGAGCAAAAAGAGUGAACUGGAGAGGCUGAAGGAUCAAACGGCCACUCAGCAGGAGGAGCUGCGACAUCUGGACCAGCUUCUUGAUCAAAAGAAGGAAGAGCUACGCCUCCUCCAGGAGAGCAUUGUCCGGAGAAGUGCCGACCUCACCGAGGUGCUUAAGGAAGGGGAGGCCGAGGUGGCUGAAAAAUGGCAACAAAUAAAGGAGGUGAAGUCCUUUCUAGCUGACCUGAGUGUUCAGAAAGGAGAACUCAGCGCCCAGCUGAGUGAAAAGCGAUCCCAGCUUUCCCUUAUUACUCAGGGAAUCAGAAAAGAAAAUGAGAACCUGCAGGAUACUCUGGGGCUGAUCAUGAAGCAUAAGACAGAACUGAAGCACAUUCUGGAAACGUUGCAGCUCGAAAGCAGUGAACUAGAAGGCUUAAAACUCCAGCAUAACCAAAAGCUCAAUGAAUUACAAAAGAUGCACACUGAGAUUCUGGAGGGAAAACUGGAAUUGGAGAAUCUCCAGAGAGCAUCCCAACAGGAACGUGGUGAAAUGGAACUCCAGAGGCAACUUCUUGAGAGGAUGCAGCAAGACGUGAAACAGCUGAAUUCUCACCUCUGCACCUUGCAGAAAAGCAUCCAGGCACUGAAUAAACAGAAGCAGCAGCUGGAAGAAAACUGUGAGAGUUUGGAGCAGAAAUUGUCACAGACCGAAAGAGCUUUGGCUUCUGCAGAAGAAAGCAACACAGUUGCUCAAGCCGAAAGAGAAAAAAUGGACUCAGCUGCCCGAAAAUUACAGCUUGACAUUGACCAGCUACAAAAUCACAAAGCAUCUUUGUAUGGUGAUGUUGCAGACCUACAGAAGGAUCUCCAAGGAAAAAAGGAGGAACUGACUAGAUUGAAAACUGAGCUGAAUGAGGCCAGGCAUCAUCUUCAGCGGUUGGAACAGGAUCUGAAAAAUGCCACAAAGCAAAAAGAGGAGCUAUUUUGUGAACAGGCAGCCCUGAAAGACCGUAUUAGUGAAUAUUCAAAGAAGUGUGAAGAAUGCCAGGAAGCACAAAGCCAGAAGGAAAAGCAGCUACUGCAGCUUUGCCGGGAAAUUGAAGAGCAAGAGCUGGAGCAGACGAAACAAAAACUGUUGCUUCAGGACCUCCGAGAGAAGAUACAGCAAGAAGAAAGGAAAUGGGAAGACUGCACAGCCAAACUACAGGACCAGAAACAGCGAUUAGAAGAAGAGCUGGCAGAGCAACAGCGCCUCCUGGAGCAAACCGCCAUGAGAAUUCAGGGGGCAGAAGAACAGAUACGCAAGCUGCAAGAGGAGGAAUCCUGUUACUCCGUCCUUAAAGAAACCAUUAGCAAAACCAGACAUCAGGUCUCUGAGCAAGAAGUGAAGUUGCGAGAAAAAGCAGCUGAAGCGUGCUCCCUCCAACGGGAGCUAGAACUCUCGAAGGCCAGGGAGAACAUGCUUCAACAUAAGAUCCAAGCAGAAAGGAAAAAGGCAGAAAAGCACAUCGCAGGCCUGAAGGAAGCCAUUCAGACACAGAGGGCUCAGCUCGAGAGAGCUCUUCAUGAACAAAAGCAAGAAAACCAGUGUUUGCAGGAAGAAAUGGCAUCCGUAGAGCAAGUGGCACAGGACAACCACCAGCGAGCAAAGCAGCUGAUGAGGAACCUUGGCCAGAUCCAAGAGGAGUACCUGCAGCUCCAGUCACAGAUGAAGAGUCAGGAGGAUUUGGAGAAACGACAGAAGGAGAUGAAGGGCACAGUGAAGAUGCUCAAACUAGAAGUGAGAGACAAAAUGAGGACUUGCUUGAAGGAUCUGAGUCAGUCUCCUCCAGAAGCUAAUUCCGAAGCCAAGGGAAGAACUCAGAGUGACCUGGAAAGUCUGAAGGAAAACUACCCCUUCACAGAUAAGGAGUCGAGAAUGUUGUGCUUCGAUGAAAAACUGGACCUGUCCAAAGUGCACAUCAUGGAUGAACAGUGGCGGGGAAAAGCCCGCCGAGAGCAGCUCCAGCAUCGUGAGGACUGGCUCAAGGCCCAGCUUCGGCAGUGCAUGUCAAAGCAAGUGGAGGUGUUGAUUAAAGGAAAGCAGCAGACGGAGGGCACCCUCCAUAGCUUGAAGAGGCAAGUUGACGUGUUGGAUGAACUGGUCAGCAGUGCCUCUACCGACUCGCCGUUUCAGUCAUUAAACUCCUCAGGGUUCACAGCCUCUCUUCAUGAAGAGUCAAGCCUCGCAAAAUACAAGUCUGCUGGAUCACCUUCCAGGACAGCAGCGGCUAUUUCACCACAACCUCAGCCUGUUCUUCAGUACAAAGCAUAGACCCAAGUAAAACAGAGAAGCACAACUAGAAUGGUGGGGCCAGUGCCAAUAACCUGUAUUCUCAAGUACCUGAAAACAACUACCUCACCUGGUCACAAGCCCCUAUCCACAUUGCUCGAGACGAUUCCACUGUUCUCAGGUUCGUUCCCUACCUGUAUUUAGUUGGAUGUUCUUUUCUGUUAAGUAAGUUGAUAGAGUUUGAGUCUAACAUGGUGUUUGAAAUAAUCAAAGUCACAGCCGUGGAUAUUUGGUGCCUUAGUGGGGACACCUGCAAUUAUUUAUAUCUGGAUGACUGCUUUGGGUUUUUACAUUCCUUUUCAUCGGUUCAGCAAAAAUUUGUAUUCUGUUGGUUAAAAAAAAAGUAUUUUCUUAAUAAAAAAUUUUGCAAACCUGUUUGCACAUCAGCAUAACA